AACCGUAAAGUCGUUGCAAUGAAACAGUUCGAUCUCGAAGUCCCUGAGACCGCUCACAAGAUUAGCAGCGAUUCAUGGUUUCAGGUAUCAUUCGUUUUGACAACGAGUAUAAACAGCGCCUAUGUGUUGGGAUAUUCCGGGACAGUCAUGGUCCCUUUGGGUUGGAUUGGUGGUGUGGUUGGUCUCCUUCUCGCUACAGCAAUCUCCCUUUACGCAAACUCUCUUAUCGCCAACCUUCAUGAGUUUGGUGGUAAAAGACACAUUCGUUACAGAGAUCUCGCUGGCUUCAUCUACGGUAAAAAGAUGUACCGUGUAACAUGGGGAUUACAAUAUGUAAAUCUUUUCAUGAUUAACUGUGGCUUCAUCAUACUUGCUGGUUCAGCCUUAAAGGCUGUCUAUGUACUUUUCAGAGAUGACAGUGUAAUGAAACUACCUCACUUUAUCGCCAUUGCUGGUGUUGUCUGCGCGAUUUUCGCAGUCGGUAUACCUUAUUUAUCUGCUCUUGGAAUCUGGCUAGGAGUAUCAACAAUCCUCAGCAUGAUCUACAUUGUUGUUGCAAUAGUCCUAUCAGUUAAAGAUGGAGUAAACAAACCUUCAAGAGACUAUACCAUACAAGGAUCAUCAGUAGACAAGAUCUUUACCAUAACCGGAGCAGCAGCAAGUCUAGUUUUCGCAUUCAACACGGGAAUGCUGCCUGAAAUACAAGCCACAGUGAAGCAACCAGUGGUUAAAAACAUGAUGAAGGCUCUGUAUCUUCAAUUCACUGCUGGUGCAUUACCUUUGUAUGCCGUUACGUUCAUUGGUUAUUGGGCUUACGGGUCCUCCACCUCGACUUAUCUGAUGGACAGUGUCAGUGGACCUCUCUGGGUCAAAGCUCUCGCUAACAUCUCAGCUUUUCUUCAGUCCGUUAUCUCUUUGCACAUAUUUGCAAGUCCGACUUAUGAGUUUAUGGAUACAAAGUAUGGAACCAAAGGAGGAAGUCCAUUAGCAUUGAAGAAUAUCUUGUUUAGAACAGCAACAAGAGGAAGCUACAUUGCUGUGAGCACUCUUCUCUCUGCGCUUUUGCCGUUUCUUGGAGAUUUCAUGAGCCUCACGGGAGCGAUAAGCACGUUCCCUCUGACGUUUAUACUAGCAAAUCACAUGUAUCUUGUAGCUAUGGACAGUGAGCUUAGUUCCGUUCAAAAGCUAUGGCAUUGGCUUAAUGUUUGUUUCUUUGGGUUAAUGUCUCUUGCGUCUGCUAUUGCUGCUGUUAGACUCAUAUCUGUUGACUCCAAGAACUUUCAUGUUUUUGCUGAUGUUUGAAUGUCUUGUAUCAUUUGUUUAA